AAAACUCGAUCAAAAAGCCACGAUGUUUCUCAAAUACUUUCUUCUCCUUCUUCUCGCAGCUGUGCUUCUUUCCACAACUCAAGCCCUGAAACACCCCUCCACCUCCGACCAAGAAGUGAUUCCGACCACCGAUGUCACCCAAGGAACGCUCCCGACCACCAUCGCCGAUCCGAAUGAAGAAUCCAAAUUCUACAGGAGGCCAUUUCCCUACAAGAAGCCUUACAAGAGGCCACCCUACAAGAAGUAUCCACCCUACAAGAAACGCCCUCCAUACAAGAAAUACCCACCAUCUUCUCACUAAAUGGCAUCCCAAACCAAAGUUGAGUCCAUGGACAAUGUGUUAUGUGUUUAAUUUCUUUGAUAAAUAAGUGGUGCUAUAAGCUCCAAGUUUUAGGGUAAUACUAGAAAGUUCAUGAAGUUGGCCUUUUGACUUAUGUAAUAUGUGUUAAUCCAAACUUCAUAUGUGUGAUGUAUGGAUGUAUUUUCUCUGUGUUAUUGCUUCACUUAUCGUUUAAUAAUCUAAAGUUUGAAUGGAUUUAAUAUUUUGUCUUUUAUGUUUCAA